AUGCACAAAACUUUUAUUGCCAUUCUUUUAUUUUUCUGUAAAUCAUGUGAACUCAAAUAUAUAGAAGGGGAAAUCGAUACCAGCGACAACUGGGCUUUUCUCGCACGUUUCUGUUUCCUUUCCAAACAAGGCGAAUUCGAGUAUUAUUUAGAGUUCAGUGAGGACCAAGGGGUCCCGAAUUUGCUGCUUUAUUAUGACACCGACGACCAGUGGCCUGCUGUGUACAAAACUAACAAGAACUGUUUCGAAAAAGAAUCCGUUCUUCAUGUCGAAAACUCCCAAGUAAUUAAUCUCACCAUCAGCACCCAGUACCUCCGAGAAUUCUCGGGAUGUGCCAUCAAGCCCACCACCCCCACCACCCCCACAACCCCGAAAUCCACAACCACCACCCGCCUUCCCAAAAAAGGCACCACAAAAAAGCGCCCGUUUCUGACUAAACCGACUGUAAAAACCACAACUCCCGAAUUACCGACUCCCAGAAGCACUACUCCCACCCCUUCCAGUGACGACACAACCACGAGUUACGACGUCACCUCACCUAUUAGUACCACCUUCGCGGAGGACUUCAGCUACACGACCGAAGACUUGAAGAACCAAUGGGAGAACAUCUUCGACGUGGGAAACUGGAGUUCGCAUAAGGAGCCAAUCAAGAAGCGACAAGUGGGGGAAUGGGAGGAGUUUUCUGACGCGGCAGACCACAGUGAUUUGAAAGCGCCAAUCACAAAACGGGCGGUAGCGGCGCCGUCAUGGCCGAAAAAAGAAAACAGGAUUAUUCAUUGUAAUAAUGCGAGGAAGUUUGACAGUUCGAGGGAGAGGUGGUGGUUUAUAGCUUUGAGUAACUGUAAUGGGUCGAAGGGUAUUCACGUGAAGUAUAAAAUUUUGAUGACGAAUGGACCACCCGGGGAUUACUGGCACGAGCAUUUUUCAGCUGAUGAGUUUUAUAUUUUGCCAGUUUUAAUGGCGUUUUCUAUAGCGUACUCGUUCUUGAUGUUGGGGAUUAUUAUGUGCUCCAUUGAGCUAAAGUCGAGACAAUUGUUGCACACUACCUACAAGAUUUUCGUGGUGUCUGCAAUUUUUCAACUUUUUGGAAUCAUUUUAACCAGUGCUGCUUAUUUGAAGUACGCUAUUAAUGGUCUAGGACCGAGCAAAGUCAAAAGAUUUGGUGCUAUAUUUAUGAGUUUGUCUGAAACCCUGUAUCUCCUUCUCUUGCUCCUAUUGGCCAAAGGCUUCACCAUCACGCGUGGCCGUCUCCCAUUGGCUGCCAGUGUCAAACUCACGAUCUUCAUGUGUUUGUACGUGGUUACCUACAUAUCUAUAUUUAUCUACGAAGCCAAUGUCUUCGAUCCUGGAGAAGUACUCUACCUCUACGAAUCACCAGCAGGGUACGGAUUAAUCAUCCUGAGGGUACUAGCCUGGUGUAUGUUUAUUUAUUCGACGGUUUUCACUCUUAAGCACUACCCAGAAAAGGCGAACUUCUACUACCCAUUCAACGUCUGUGGUACCAUGUGGUUCAUAGCAGGUCCCGCGUUUAUUCUCUCCGCUAACACUUACAUUGACAAGUGGGUCCGAGAAUCUGUAGUGUGUGCUGUUUUACAGUUUAUUACGUUUGGAGGGCAUCUGACAUUCCUUAUCUUGACCAUGCCCUCCGUGGCAAACAAAAACUUCCCCUACCACGUCCGCACCACCCAGAUCGGCAUCAUGGAACUCACCGGUACCUCCGGUGCCAGCACCAUCCAGCAAUUCAGCCACCACAUAUACGAACCCACGGGUGCCGUAAGGGAGCAAACGGUGAUAGUACCGCUGACGCGUCGAACCGAGGAGAUAUUCGAAGGCAUGUACAAUCAGCCAGUGCACAACAUACGAAGAGACAGCUUGGAAGACAUCAACAACACCAGGAACAUGAUGAUGGAGAACGUCAUCAACUGGUCGCUUGCCAAGAACGUGGCGGCUUUGGAAGUACCGAAUUUCCAGAGGAACAAGAGGAAUAGUUUUGUUUCAGAUGAUUCGAACGAGUCGGUUAUGACCAGUCGGAGGUCUUCGCUGCAGCCGGCGAAUGGGCAGUUCGAGGACUACGUGAGGGAAGUACCGAUUCAGUUGUUUACGGUCAGUAGGAUGGUGGCCGGGACUGAGAGCAAUAGUAAUGGCACUCCCAAUGGGAAAACUGUUUAGGCACUUUUUACUUGUUUCGGUGAAGCACAAAUUUUAUA